AUGUUGAAAUACAUCGUCCUUGCUUUCAUAGCUUUGUUUGCUUUUGCCCAUGCUGCCCCAGCUUUCAGUGUUGGUCAAUACAAUUGGUUCUCUGAUUCUCCAUGUUCAGUUCCAGUCAUUGUCAACCUUACAUAUGCCAAUGGACAAUAUUCCUCAUCGAGAUCCAGUGAUAACUCACCAUAUUUAAGAAAUGUUACUGUCAACUCUGAUAAUACUUUCACCGGUUUGGGAACCCUCUACAAGCCAGGUACUAGUAUCAUUACUGGUACAACCACCGUCAAGGGUGUCAUCAACAACCCAUUCAACUUUAUGGUUGUCUACAAUCCAAGCACCAAUCCAUACUACGCAGGAUCCAACAACUACUACAACCUUGUCUCAUGUUCAAUGGCAACUGAAGAUCACGAUUUACAUUCUGGUCGUUUCGAAACUAUUUAA